AUGUCUGCCAAGAAGAAGUUGAUCACAAUCGCCACCGUUUUUCUCCUUUCCUUCGUGACCGGGAAACCGAGUCAGGAUAGCCUCGCCUCCAUCUCCGCCGUGAAACCCGAAGGCGCCCCGGAGAUCGACCCGAGAACGUUGAAGAGAAAAGCCACGGUGAUACCUUCACGGUCUCCCUCGCCACCGCCGCCUUUCCCAAUCUACGAAGCAAUGGCGUCCGAGCCAGCUACGGAAUUUGACGGCGAGAGCCAGGUGAAGGACUUCGUGCAAACCCUCCUCCACUUCGGCGGCUACAACGAAAUGGCCGAUAUUCUCGUGAACCUAACAAACUUAGCCGCGGAAAUAGGGAAGCUCGUGAACGCAGGCUAUGCACUCACGGUUUUAGCCCCCAACGAUGAAGCCAUGGCGAAGCUCACGGCGGAGCAGCUAAGCGAUCCGGGAGCGCCGGAGCAGAUAAUAUACUACCACGUCGUGCCGGAGUACCAGACGGAGGAGAGCAUGUACAAUGCCGUUCGGAGAUUCGGCAAGGUGAAGUACGAAACGCUGCGCUUGCCGCACAAGAUUGUUGCUCGGGAAUCGGACGGGUCAGUGAAACUCGGGGACGGUGAGAAUUCGGCCUACUUGUUGGACCCGGAUAUUUACACCGACGGCCGUAUCUCAGUUCAGGGGAUCGACGGAGUCCUGUUCCCGGAGAAGAAGAAGACGACGAAGAAAUAA